UGGAGGCAAUUAAAAUGCCUGUCAGGCAUUUGGUACCAGGACCUCCCUAUGGCAAACCGCUAAAUUGGAAGCCAAGGCUGUAUCCUAUUGUCAGUGAAUGAUGGCGGAGCUGAGUGGCUUGUCAUCAUUCUGGAAAAUUCUGAGGCUAGUGAGCUCUCUCUCCCUCUCCCACUCGCCUUAUUUUCCUUUUCGCCACUGCGGGGACUUUUUCUAAUUUGCAGCCUCCCUUUCCCUGACACACACAGACACGAGCUUGUGGCUUGCAGACUGCGUCUGUCUGGAGCUGGAAAGCCAGCAAGCCAGCCUGGAAAUAAUGCUCCUGGAGAAGAAUUCUGCAGCAGUUCUCAAAGGCUAGACGACUUGGGGGUAUUGCUGCAGCUGUGCUGAUUCUUCGGCUUAUCUCUGAGGAAGCAUUGUUGGGAACUACUCACUCAGAAAAUUAAAAGAAAGAAGACAGAACUUAUUAUCAACCCUUGGCAAACACAACAUAAGGAACUUUACCAUUUUGCCACAUUCUUGGAUAGAAAUUGCAUAGUUUUGAAGAAUGGCAGAUGAACGAAAAGAUGAAGCGAAGGCGCCUCACUGGACCUCAGCUCAAUUGACAGAGGCAUCUGCACACCCACAUCCACCUGAGAUUAAGGACCAAGCUGGGGCAGGGGACGGACUUGUCCGAAGUGCCAAUGGAUUCCCAUACAGAGAGGAUGAAGAGGGCGCCUAUGGAGAGCAUGGGCCACAGGGCACCUAUUCAGAUACCAAAGAGAAUGGGAUCAAUGGAGAGCUGACCUCAGCUGACAGAGAAACAGCAGAGGAGGUGUCUGCACGGAUAGUUCAAGUAGUCACAACUGAGGCUGUAGCAGUCCUGAAAGGUGAACAAGAGAAAGAAGCUCAGCACAAAGAACAACCUGCAGCUCUGCCUUUAGCAGCUGAAGAGACAGCUAAUCUGCCUCCUUCUCCACCCCCAUCUCCAGCCUCCGAACAGACCAUCCCUGUGGAAGAAGAUGAAGGGGCUGAGGAUCAAGUGGGUCCUCUACACAGGUUCCCCAGCCAUGAACCUGCCACCAGCGGGGAGAGGCGUAGACUCCUAGCCCCCUCCAUUUCGGUGUCUGUGCCUGAUGAUGACCCUUACAAUUCCGAUGAGGAGUACUAUGAGCAUCCCUUGUUCAGCUCAGAAUGGACCACUUCUAGUGUGCUCCCCAGUGUCCCAGCGCAGAGUGCAGAGGCCCACUUAGGCCAGGAGAAAGAAGAAACUCUAGAGGGCCCGAUGGCUGAGGAAGAGAAACCAGCUGCUCUUCCUGGGAAAGAGUGUGGGGCUGCUAAGUCCUCAGACCAACCCCAGGGCCUCAGUGAGGGCCAAGUGGAGUCUAGUACGGAGGCCCAGAUAGUUCCGGAAGAGAGUGCGCCCCCUGGGGCUCCGCAUGAGAAAAGUGUAAAAGAGGUCACAGAGUUGUCUCCAGAAGUAAAAACCCCUUCCUGUGCCAAGGAAGAUUUACUUACAGCCUCGAAGAUGGAGUUCCACGAUCAUCAGGAGUUGACUCCCUCAGCAGCUGAGCCUGUAGACAAGAAAGAAAAGGAGUCAAAGAUGGAAAGUAAGCCUGGUGAAGACCUUAAACAUGCUGCCUUAGUUCCUCAGCCUGACACAGCUCAAACUUCCCCUGAUACAAAGGACAUGCAAGGUACAGAGAGAGAAGAGACACCUCCUGCUCUGUUUGGGCAUCCUGUUGGUGCCACCCUUGAAGACAUGAAAUGGAAGGGAGAACCAAGCUUUGUAGUGCCUGGCAUUGGCCUCCCUGCACAGCCUCCAACCCCCAAAGAGCAGAAAGACUGGUUCAUUGAAAUGCCAGUGGAAACAAAGAAGGAUGAGUGGGGUUUAGCUGCUCCAGUAUCCCCUGGCCCCUUGACACCCAUGAGGGAAAAAGAUGUCCUGGAGGAUAUCCCAAGAUGGGAAGGGAAACAGUUUGAUUCUCCUAUGCCAAGUCCCUUUCAAGUUGGAAGCUUUACUCUUCCUGUAGAUGUAAUGAAGAAUGAAAUCCUAACAGAAGCAUCGCCUUUUGAGUCUGGCCUCUUACAACCAGAUAACAAAAAAUCACUGCAAGAAAUCAGUGGCCCACUGACUGCCAAAGAUAGUUCUAAAGUUGAAGAACCACAAAAAGAUAAACCUGACAAAGUGGCAGAAACAGCAGCCUCAGAGGCAAUUACCUUAUCCAAAGAUCCCCAUUUUCCGGUUAUGGAAGGAUAUGUUAUUGAAAAAGUUUUAGGGGAAGAUAGAGGCACCCACAGUGGACAGGAACCUACACUUACUGAAAAGGAACUUCAGCCAACGCUUGAAGAGAAGACAUCUAUUUCUGACAAAGAAGCUGUACCAAAAGAGCAUGAGCCCUCAAAAUUGAGAGAUGAAGAAACAGGCAUAACUCAGACGUCCACUGAGCACACUUUCUUGAAGGAAGCACCUAAAGGCCAAGAGCAUAUUACAGAUAUGUUAAAACAGGACUCCUUCCCUGCAGAUUUGGAGCAAGCAGUGACAGAUUCGACCAUGACCUUGAACACCUUGGAAAAAGUCUCCACUGAACCAGCUGCACUCUAUGAAAAGAGUACAUUACAAGAACUUUUUCAGGAGAAAGUUGCUGACAAAGAUAGUAAGGCAGAAGGAGUUAGUGCUGCACCAUCAGCAGAAAUCAGCAUGCCAUUUUAUGAAGAUAAGUCAGGAAUGUCCAAGUACUUUGAAACAUCUGCCUUGAAAGAAGAAAUAACAAGAAACAUUCAGCUGGCCAGUGAUUACUACGAAUUACUUGACACAAGAGAAAGUGCCCAUGAGUCUGCUAAUACUGUAUCUGUCAUGCAUGAAAAUGAUGACAAGGAAUUACAAGCAGGGAAAGAAUCCCAGCCCAGUAAACCAGAACAGGGAGCAGGGUAUAGCACUCUCACACAGGGUUAUCCAUCCAAUUUGCCUGAAGAACCUAGUUCUCCUCAAGAAAGAAUGUUCACUAUUGAUCCAAAAGUAUAUGGGGAAAAAAGAGAUCUCCACAGUAAGAAUAAGGACGAUUUGACACUCAGCAGAAGUUUAGGACUUGGUGGGAGAUCUGCAAUAGAACAAAGAAGCAUGUCAAUCAAUUUGCCAAUGUCUUGCCUGGAUUCCAUAGCUCUUGGAUUUAACUUUGGCCGAGGCCAUGAUCUCUCUCCUCUGGCUUCUGAUAUUCUCACCAACACUAGUGGAAGUAUGGAUGAAGGUGAUGAUUAUCUUCCAGCCACCACACCUGCAAUGGAGAAAGCCCCUUGCUUCCCAAAAGAAAGCAAAGAGGAAGAAGAAAAGACAGAGGAAGAAAAAGCUGCUGGGCAGGAAAAUACUCAAAUUGAGACAUCCUGUGAGUCGCCUUUUGUAGCCAAAGAUUAUUACAAAAAUGGCACCGUCAUGGCCCCUGACUUGCCUGAAAUGCUCGAUCUAGCAGGCACGAGGUCAAGACUGGCUUCUGUGAGUGCAGAUGUUGAGGUUGCCAGAAGAAAAUCUGUCCCUUCAGAGACUGUUGUUGAGGAGAGUAGUACUGGCUUACCACCUGUAACUGAUGAAAACCAUGUCAUUGUGAAAACAGAUAGUCAGCUGGAAGACCUAGGCUAUUGUGUGUUCAAUAAAUACACAGUCCCACUUCCAUCUCCUGUGCAAGACAGUGAGAAUUUAUCAGGAGAAAGUGGUUCUUUCUAUGAAGGAAGUGAUGAUAAAGUUCGAAGAGAUUUGGCCACAGACCUUUCAUUGAUUGAAGUAAAACUGGCAGCUGCUGGAAGAGUCAAAGAUGAAUUCAGUGCAGAGAAAGAAUUAUCCUCACCUACAUCUGGUCUGGUCAGGGAGUUUGAUCAGGAGAGGAAAGCAAAUGAUAAGCUGGACACUGUGCUAGAAAAAAGUGAAGAACAUGCUGAUUCAAAAGAAUAUGCCAUGGAAACGGACGAGGAUGGAGGUAACAUGGACACAUUUGGGUUAGGAGUAUCUCUUAAACCAAGUUCCGCCAAAGCACCAACAGUGUCAAAAGAUGCAGCAUCUGAGAAAGCAGAGAAGGGUCUUAGUUCGGUGCCAGAGGUAGCUGAGGUAGAACCGUCACAAAAAACUGAGCAAGGACUGGAUUUUGCUGCAGCUAAAGAGGAUGAGGGCCAAUUAGAUGUUGAAAUCAGCGACUUUGGGCAGAUAACUGCAAGGCUGAAUGUAGAUUCUGGAAAAGCAGCGGAGCUUAAACUUCAGAGUGUGCAGGAACUGGCACUCUCAUCCGAAGCACCUCAGGAGGCAGAUAUGUUCCUGGGUGUUGAGGCUGGCCACGUGAAGGAAGGUGCCAGAGUUAGUGAGACAGAAGUCAAAGAAAAGGUGGCCAAGCCUGACUUGGUGCACCAGGAGGCUGUGGACAAAGAGGAGUCCUAUGAGUCUAGUGGUGAGCAUGAAAGCCUCACCAUGGAUUCCUUGAAACCUGAUGAGGGCAAAAAGGAAAUGUCCCCAGAAUCAUCCCUGAUCCAGGAUGAAAUCGCCAUUAAACUGUCCGUGGAAAUCCCUUGCCCACCUGCUGUUUCGGAAGCUGACUUAGCUGCAGCUGAGCGAGCCGAUGUCCAGAUGGAAUUUAUUCAGAUGCCAAAAGAAGAAAGCAAAGAGGCCCCAGAUCUAUCCAUCACACCUUCCGAUGUUGCUGAGCCGCAGCUUGAAGCCGUCGUCUCUGAACCAGCAGAGGCUCAGAGUGAGGAAGAAGAGAUAGAAGCCCGGGGAGAAUAUGAUAAACUGCUCUUCCGCUCAGAUACCCUCCAGAUCACUGACCUGGCUGUGCCAGGUGUCAGGGAGGAAUUUGUGGAGACCUGCCCGGGCGAGCACAAAGGUGUCAUUGAGUCUGUGGUGACCAUUGAAGACGACUUCAUCACUGUAGUGCAGACUACAACCGAUGAAGGGGAAUCUGGGUCCCACAGUGUGCGUUUUGCAGCCCUAGAGCAGCCUGAGGUAGAAAGGAGACCCUCCCCUCAUGAGGAAGAAGAGCUUGAAGUGGCAGCCGAAGCCCAGGCAGAACCUAGGGAUGACUCCCCUGAGGCUCCAGCUUCCCCUGAGAGAGAAGCUGCGCUGUCAGAAUAUAAGACAGAAACCUAUGAUGAUUACAAAGAUGAGACCACGAUUGACGACUCCGUCAUGGAUGCUGACAGUCUCUGGGUGGACACUCAAGAUGAUGAUAGAAGCAUCAUGACAGAGCAGUUAGAAACUAUUCCUAAAGAGGAGAAAGCUGAAAAGGAAGCUCGGAGACCAUCUCUUGAGAAACAUAGAAAAGAAAAGCCUUUUAAAACCGGGAGAGGCAGAAUUUCCACUCCUGAAAGAAAAAUAGCUAAAAAGGAGCCUAGCACAGUCUCCAGGGAUGAAGUGAGAAGGAAAAAAGCAGUUUAUAAGAAGGCUGAACUUGCUAAAAAAACAGAAGUUCAGGCCCACUCUCCCUCCAGGAAAUUCAUUUUAAAACCUGCUAUCAAAUACACUAGACCAACUCAUCUCUCCUGUGUUAAGCGGAAAACGACAGCAGCAGGUAGUGAACCAACUCAGGCUCCCAGUGUAUUUAAACAGGCAAAGGACAAAGUCUCUGAUGGCAUAACCAAGAGCCCGGAAAAGCGCUCUUCUCUUCCAAGACCGUCCUCCAUUCUUCCUCCUCGCCGAGGUGUAUCAGGAGACAGAGAGGAGAAUUCCUUCCCCCUCAACAGUUCCAUCUCCUCUUCAGUGAGACGGACCACUAGGUCAGAGCCAAUUCGCCGAGCAGGAAAAAGUGGCACCUCAACACCUACUACCCCUGGAUCAACUGCCAUCACUCCUGGCACCCCACCAAGCUAUUCUUCACGUACCCCAGGCACUCCUGGAACCCCCAGCUACCCCAGGACCCCUCACACACCAGGAACCCCCAAAUCUGCCAUCUUGGUACCCAGUGAAAAGAAAGUGGCCAUCAUUCGUACUCCUCCCAAAUCUCCUGCUACUCCCAAGCAGCUUCGGCUUAUUAACCAACCACUGCCAGACCUGAAGAAUGUCAAAUCCAAAAUUGGAUCGACAGACAACAUUAAAUACCAGCCUAAAGGGGGACAGGUACAGAUUGUUACCAAGAAGAUAGACUUAAGCCAUGUGACAUCCAAAUGUGGCUCUCUGAAGAACAUUCGCCACAGGCCAGGUGGUGGACGAGUGAAAAUUGAGAGUGUAAAACUGGAUUUCAAAGAAAAAGCCCAAGCUAAAGUCGGUUCACUUGACAAUGCUCACCAUGUACCUGGAGGUGGUAAUGUCAAGAUUGACAGCCAAAAGUUGAACUUCAGAGAGCAUGCGAAGGCCCGUGUGGACCACGGGGCUGAGAUCAUCACACAGUCUCCAGGCAGAUCCAGUGUGGCGUCACCCCGACGACUCAGCAACGUCUCCUCUUCUGGAAGCAUCAACCUGCUCGAAUCUCCUCAGCUUGCCACUUUGGCUGAGGACGUCACUGCUGCCCUGGCCAAACAAGGCUUAUGAAUACCAUGCAGCACCAGAGUAAUAGUAGACAUGAGCCCUUGGCAGGAAUGGGCUCUGAGCAGGUGUUACAUUCAUUCUUCACAAACCAUAAGAUAAAUAAUCUCAUCCCCAAACUGUAGUAAUUGUUACAAUUUUAUAUAAAAAUGAAUAGUAUAUGCAGAAACCAACUUCCAUUUGCAACAGGAACACACUGGCUUUACAUGGGUACAAUUGGACAAUUAUUUUCGCUCUGCUCUGUUUUGCAUGGAGUAUUAUUAUUAUUUUUAAAAAUGCAUUUUUACCUUUCAUGUGCCUGAAGGCUACCCAUUACAUUCUGAAAGGCCUUGUUAAAAUCCAAGCUGCUCAUUUCACUAUUCUGUUUCUGGGUGAAAAGGUAAAAACUGCCCAUCGUAACUUAUUACAGGUUAAAUGAAAUCAAGGAGUCUGAUUGCAGGAAGGGAAAAGCAUGUAAGAAAGAAGUUUUUCUAAAGUGUUAUUUUGUAUAAAUGGGAAGAAAGAUGCAGUUAAGUUAUUAACAUUUGGGACCUGGAUAAUUAUAGCAGAGUAUCAAUCCAAUAAAUUAUUUAACUGACUAAAAAUGUUGCAGAGCAUUUGAGCUGUGGUUGAGGAAGUGGUAUAAGAGUGCAUCUCUUAGGAAUAAUGCACUUUCAUUAGGAUGGAUUCGCAUCUGAUUAGAUUAUGUCAGUUGAUCAGCUAGAUUUAUGUCCACACUACCAGUUCCACAUCCCCUUUCCAUCUGUUUGAUACAGUAUUAUAGAUAUAAAUAUAUAUAUAUAUUUCUCUGUGGCCAUUUGUGAUACUUCCUCAUAUACUUGAAUAUUAUACUUCUUUAUUCACAGUAUCUGUGUCUCCUGCACCCUUUGGUGUUGCAAUUUUAGGUAUGUGAAAGUAGAUGUUAGCAGGGUUCUCUCCCUAUUUAAAAAAUACAUUUAAAAAGACAAAAAGUUUAAGCAUGAAGUUGCUUUCUGUAAAGACUCAAAGCUGUAACCUUGUUUUUAGUGCCAGAUACCAGUCUCUCCUGUGAUGCUAGAAAAAAUAUUUUUCUUUGCUUUCACCAAUAUGGAGUGUGUAGGGAUGGAUCCACUUAUACCUAAAAAACUUGAUAGACUGUUGGUUUAAGAUUAUGGAUUUAUCUCAUUUUUUAAUCACAGAAUAGUUUUGGUUUUAUUCCUACAAUCAUUCAUGAGACCAACCUCUUAGAUUCUUUUUCUUUUUUUCAUUUGCUAAAGUUGAAAAGAAGAGUGGUAAUUUGGAACACGUUUUUCCGAUUAUUCCAAGAAGAACCUGUUUAUUAAAUUCUCUAAUAGAAGAUGUUUGGCCUCCUAACCCAAAGUAAAGAUCAUUUGACCAAAGGAAAAAAUACAGCAUUUUGAGAAGCUAUCACUAUAAAAUAUUUGAGACACAGAUAUCUAAAUCAGUUUUUUCUAUAGGACUUUACGUUGCACUCUGUAAAGGAACUCAGUGUGAUUUAUUUAUCAGUGCAUAAUAUUGUUCUGGCUUAAUAUAAAGUCUAAAAAUUAUAAGCCAAUUAAUUCCACUUGCAAAUCAUUCAUUUUAGUAAUGAAAUAAUCAGUUGCCUAAAAAUAGGGCAGACUUACCAAACUGGACAGACAUUUUUUUAGUAUUUUAUCUGUUCUUUCUCUUGCUCAGGGCUGGUAGGUUGGAUCUAAAAAAUUAAAGACAAGGUCUGCUGGGUCUUUGAUCCUUGUGAGAAAAAUUAGUUCCUGAAUAUAAAGGAUGAGAUGUAAGCAUAGAAUGGUCAGUAAGGAAGUAGAGAAACAUCUAGAACAGAAAGCCAAGUAAUGGGAAGAUAGAAGACAUAGAUGCCAUUUUGAUGAGUCAUUGGAUAUAGCAAGCAAUGUGACUGCCGCAAGAAAGCCCUAGGAACAAAGGUCUCCAUUCUUUCUCAGCUAGAUUUAGACAGGCAAAUAUGCCUUUGGCCACUUAUAAAUAGGUUAUUUUUGAAAAAAACUUAGCAACUGAGGAAUAGGGAUGUGACUGUUUUCAGCCUAGUAAAUGCUGUAAGACUUGAUUUGAUCAAUCUUGGCAAUUUAACCACUUCCCUUGAAAUAUACCAGGAAAUAGGAGAAAGAAUAGUUGUGUGGAGUCUUAGGUAUUUUCUUACAUGUUUUGAUAGUGUUAGAUAGUGAUUAAAGUUCUCUAGAAAAAAGUUAAUAGCUGGUUAGAACAGCUUUAAUCUAUAGAAAAAAAUUUUCAACCUGAUUUAAUUUUUUUUACAGUGAAGAUUAAGUAAACUUGUUCUAUCGAAAUUCAAAUUUUUCCAAAUACUUGUCCAAAAUGAAAGUUACAUAAGGCACUAAAUUAAUAGAUGUGGCAUUAAAACAAGUGUUUAUUCCAAAUCUUAACAAAAUUAUAAUGAAUGAAUAAGUGCCCUUGUUUUGUAUGAAAAUGUGAUUGUUUAUAAAAUUAGUAAGGAACUGAAAAUUUGCACCAGUAAGCAAGAGAAACACAGGAUAAAAUGUCUUCUUGUGGGGAUAUGAGGCGGAUCCCAUCUUGCCUUCACUCGCAAGCUAACGACUCAAAUUAAGCUUUUUGAGCACCACUUUUGUGGGGACACCCAUACGCUGAUCUAGAAAUGAAAACUUCCUAGUUCCAUUUCUGGAUCCACUGAUGCCAGUUUCUCUCUGGCUUUUGCCUUUGAGAACCUGUUUAAAAAUACAUAAGUAAUCCAGAGCUGUGGAGAAUCAAAAGGCCAACUUCUCCAAUGAACUCACGCUCUCCGGGUCACCUGCAACUAAAAAUUGGAUGCUGUGCAACAAUGCAUGGAAGAUCCGAGAUCAUGAUGAGUUUCAAAGGCCAGGUUCAUGGAGGAACCAGCUCUCUCUGGAUUCACCUGCUGAGGUCCAGCAGGGUGAUGGGCUGAAGCCCCAUCCAUAAGCAAGACACCUGUGUAGAACCAGGUAGGUACGGCUGAAGAAGGCUGACACUACAGGGCCAUUAAACAGGAGAAUGUAUUGAAGGCAGCUGCCCUCCAAAACACUCACAGUACGACUGCAGAAGUGAAGUCAUCAGCCAAAAUAGCAGCAUGUCAGUAUUAUUAAAGAAAUAGCUUGAAUGUGGUUGAUUCUGACACAGCUACAGUUAUUGUUUCUCUCCCAUUUUUCACGCCACAAAAAGGGAAAUAAAUGAUUCAUGGCCCAAGUAGCAAAGAUAAAGUAGACUCAUGGUUUGGGAAGGCAAAUUCCAGGCAUUCUUUUUAAGAUUGAUGGGCUUUCAAAAUCAGCAAGGAUUUAUUUUAUUUUAUUUUUUACAUUUAGAAUUUUUAGCCUUAGGUGUGUAGGUGGAGGCCGAGUCCCGCUGCAGGAAAAAUAGUACGUUCAAACUAAAAAAA